AAUCAUGCAAACAAGUGCCAUUCAUUAAAAAAGGGACCGUUCUAAGCAAAUGUGAAGUUUUCUUCUCUUCUCAGGAAGUUCUCUUUGACUUUGAAAACAUCCAAAGUCUCUGUAGUUACUUAUCUCUCAGGCCCCAGCAGCAACACUCCUCCUUCUCCCCCACGGCAGGUGUCUGUAGAUGGAGUCAAACGCUGACACUGUGUAGCGUGCAAACAGGCUGGUCCACUUCCCCACCUCUGCCGUCCACUGCACUGUGCGGCCCACGAAGGCCACAAACACAGUGAUGUGAUGAGCCAGCAGCAGUAGACUCCUCCCCAGCUGCCUGCCGUUGUUGAUGAUCAGGGUGACUCUUUUGUCGUGAACCGCCAUCUUUAUCUUACAGUAUUGGAGCCCAGUCAAAUGUUGUGGAUAUUUGAAGUGAGUCAAGGUUCCAGUUUCAAUGCAUAAAAUUAUGCAACAAAUAUUUGUUUUCUUAGUGGUGCAGAUGUGUCAAACCUUGUGCAAACUGGCUCAUGAACAUUUUUCUCAAAGUGCGUUUACAAUUUUAAAUACACAUUUUUUUACUAAACAUAGUUUUACAGAUGACCCCUAAACUGGAACCUAAGUGUUGUAGAACUUGCAGUCACUCCCUUACGUGCAGAUGUAGGCAGUCCAAUCAGCGCAGAGGAAUAUCCGCUUCCGGGAAUGUUUGGUGAUGUGGCUAUGCUCUGAAAUCCAUCCGAGGAAUUUUUACAUAUAAAGCCAGAUACUUUCACCUGGAGUGCACAAACACAGAGGGCUGCCUUCAUGUUGAGCCGUCUGGCCAACGUUCUCCAGGAGCUGUCUGGAGAGGAGGGGGUGGAUGGAGAGCCACAGGAUUUGUUGGUGCCUCAACUCCCUGGAGGUGAGGACCAGGCCACAGUGGAGUCUGAGGCCCCGGAGGAAACCAUGGAGAGACUGGCUCACCUGGAGCAGCUGGUGGUCCAGCUGAAGGAGCUCAUCCGAGACAAAGACAGUCAGUUGGUCCAGAAGGAUACAGAGCUGAAGAACAAAGAUGCUCAGCUCAAGAAUGAAAAAGAAGACGCCGAGGCUCGAUUCACCAAACUUAAGCUGCAGGCAAAAGCGAGGAUGGCUUCUCUCAACAAACAGAUUGCUGAGUUGAAAGGAUCAGGAGGAGAAACUGUAACACCGAGCCCAGACACCUCUUUUACAGCAGCUGGGGCAGCGGUGGAAGAGGAGCUCCAGGAUUUGAAGAACAAGUUGAUCCAGGAGGAGACCAAGAACAUGGAGCUUCAACAACUACUCCAGACCAGCAAAGAUAUUCUUCAGGAAAAGGAAUCUGCUCAUGCUGAACAGCUGCAGAAACUGCAGGCAGUGGUGUGUGAGAAAGACGUGAGAUUCCAGGAGCAGAUUCAGAAACAUGAAGAAGAGCUGAUGAAGGUCACAUUGCAGACUCAAAAUGAUGGAGAACUCAUGGAGGCAUUAACCUCAGCUCAGCGGCGUUGUGAAGAGCUCGAAGAGACCUUGAUGUCUCGUGCUCACGUGGUGGAGGUGCUGCAGCAGGAAGUGAGCAGCGCUGAUCAACAGAAACAGAUACUGACUGCUCAGUUCCGGCAGAUGGAGCAAGAGCUGAUGGAGGCCAUGAAGCUGAGGGAGGAGGAGAGGGAGCAGUGGUCCAAACAGACAGACCUGACCAACGCAGAACUUGCAGCUUUGCGAUCCAGCGUGGAAGCAUUUGAAAGAGAACGAGCAGAGAUGUUGAGGCAAGCAAGCGAGCUGAUCUCCCUCAGAGAGGCAGAGCGUGGUCAUCAGGAGGCUCUGGAGAAGGAGAAGAUGGAAGUUUCCAGACUGGAGAGUGAACUGGCCUUGUCCAAGGAAGCUGAGCAAGCGGCCAUACAAGCGAGUCAUGAUGGUACGGAGAGACACGCAGCAGAAAUAUCUCGGCUGGAGAGCGAACUUGCAUCUUUGAGAGACCUUCACAGCAGCCAGGACACGUCAGAGAGGCAGAAAUCAGAAACUGACCGACUGGAAAGAGAGCUGCUGUCACUUAAAGAAAAACAAGAAGAUGCUCAGAAGAAGGAAGAGAUUUUGGUUAGAGUUUGGAGACAUUUACAGUCACUCACAAUAUCUGAGGAACCAGCAGAAGAGGAGAACCUCGUCCCUGAAGACCUGUCUCUGCUCCUGGACACCGUGCAGUCUCUCGACAACCAGCUGACGACGCUGAAAGAAAAACAGAUCCAGAGUGAACAACAGUGUACAGAUCUCACCCACACCAUGGAAACUCUGCAGGAACAACUUGAAAGAAAAAACACAGAACAGGAAGAAGCAGCGACCAAGAUGCUGCAGCUGGAGGAGCAGAUAAUGACGCUGUCACAGAAAAAUGAUGCAACUGAAUCUUCAACACAAAAUCCAUCUGAAACUGACAAAGCACACAUACUGGAGCUGGAGCAGCAACUAUUAGAAAAAGACAUUGAACUGGCAGCCUUACGAGUAUCUCGCGCAUUAGCUAAACACCAGAGCCACACUGAGUCUGGGGAGACCCAUGACCAGGAUCCAGGCCAGGACCAAAAAGCCAGUACAGACCACCAUGACAGUUCUGCUGCUGUUCCUGACGUCAUGGAGGAAACACAAGAGGAAGACAACACCCUAGUGGCCGAGGACACCUCUGUCCUUUCCGUCUCUGCCGAUAAUGAAAGCAGUCCAGAACUUAGUGGAAAUCAGUCCGAAUCGCCGGAAGAAUCCAAAGUGACCUCCUCAGAUGAGAUGGUCACCAGUACUGAUUCAGAGGUGGCCCACAGCAGCUGGACCCUCUUAGAAGCUGUGAAUCAAGAUGGAGGCCAGGAAUGGCCCUCCACCCUGCAGGACUUAGGCCAUCUGCAGCUGCAGUCGUGGGAGACCACCAGCAUGGAGCAGGAAACGUCUAUGGUUCAAGUUGAAUCGUCCUCUGUCAUCAUCAGAGAGACUGUCCAGGUUCACGUUACUCAACAGAGCUCGCCCUCCACUGAUGCUGCCGUUUCCUCCGGCCUGGUCUUUGCUGAAGCUUUAGCCGAGGAGCUUCAGAAGAAGUAUAGUGAACUCCUAGCUGAGCUACAGAAUCUGAGAGACGCAGCUGCAGAGUCACAGGAGAAAAUCAGAAAUCUGGAGGAGGAAGUUUGUUUUUUGACAGCUGCAAAAGAAGCAGCUGAGUCUCAGGCUGAUAAGUUUGCUGAUGAGCUUCAGUCAACCAAAGUGGAGUUGGAGAGUGUUUCCCAACAAAGCAGCUCAGUGCAGGAGAAGCAAAGGACUGAAAUACAGCUUCUGGAAGAACAGGUAGAGAUUUUGAGCAGCGAAAGAAAAGCCAAAGUGGAGAAGAUCCAAAGUCUACAGAGUGACUUGGAAACAACCCACCAAGCUUUGUCUGAGCAGGAUGGACAGGUCAGAAUGCUGAGUGCUCAGCUGGAGGACAGAGAACUCCUCACCUCUGAGCUGGAACGAAAACUACAAGACAUUGAAGGCAGUCUAAUGGAAUACUCCCAGACUUCGGAUCUGAACAAUGAGACUUUGUCAAAGAAGGACUCAGAGAUCAGCGACCUACAGCUCCGUCUCAGUCAGAGAGAACAAGAGAUGAUGGAGCUUAAUGACAGCAUGUCUGCCAAACUUCUUCAGGUAGAAGAAGAGAAGUUCCACAAAGACUGUGAGGUCAAUAAGCUAAGAGAGCAGAUGGGGGAACUGGAGAAAACAAGGGUAGAGAAGGAAGACUCUGGUGCUCAUGUCGACGAUGAGGGUUUGCGAAAGGAAAAGGAAGAGCUGGAAACCCAACUAACAAACAUGAAGAAGAAGCUCCAGGCAUCACUGGUGCAACGCAAAGAACUCAUGAAGAAGGUUACAAACCUUGAGGAAGAAGUCAAGCAGCAGAAAGAGCGAGAUGAAUCUGCACAGAAGGAAAUCUCUGCCAGUGCUCCAGAGGCAGAAGAAUCCAGAGGACAUGACUAUGAAGUGAUGGAGGCUAAAAUUCUGGAACUUGAACAAGCUCUAGGAUCCAAAGAGGAAACACUGGCAACUCUAGAGCAGAAAAUUAGUGAGCAGAAUCAAAUCAUUGCAGAUACACUAGCACGGAAUAAAAAGCUGAGCGAAGAAGCUGAAAAUGGAGAGCAGACGUUUGGCGGCACUUCCGAAAUAACCGUUUUACACACGCGGGUAGCCACACUGGAGACAGACUGUGAGACACUUCAGAAGAAGGUUCAGGAGGCACAAGAGUCCCGCAAAGACACUAUCAGAAAAGCAAAAGAAAAAGACAGACACCAUCGGGAACAAAUGAAGCAGCAGAAAGAGGAAUACAAUGAGUUAGUGGAACGUUUUGAGGCGCAGGUAUGUGAGAGAGACACUCUUCUUACCAAACUGCAAGAAUUAGAGGAUAGAGUUAUCUGUGGACAAGAAGAUCUGACUCACAGUGGUGCACAAAAGUUGACCAAAAGUAUGGAGAAGCAUGCAGCCGGUGAGUGGGUCCAGGAGGACUGGGUGGACUUUUCUACAGCCGAUGCUGAGCCAUCACAGCCGCCAAAACACCAACAAGUUCAGCCCAAAGAGGCAGCUGACUCCCAAUCUGCACAAAUGGAGGAACAGUUAGAAGUUCUCAGAAAAGAGAUCCAAGCUGUUCAAAUGGCAAACACAGAGCUGGAGAUGCAACUGCAGGAAACUCAGGCCAGGCUGCUACGGAAGGAGACUGAAGUUCUGGAUUUAAGCAAGGAGCUGGAAGCUCUGAGAGAAAAGGACAAACAAAUUGAAGCACUAUCAGAGGAAGUGAGUGAUCUCAGAGAAAAAUAUCUCCAAUCUCAGACUUAUGCGGAAACCAUAAAAGCUGAAAUGGAAGCUGCAACCAAGGCCACAUCGUCAGAAUCUGCCUCUUCCAUUGCUGCUCUCCAGGCUGAAGUGGAAGGUUUCAAACAGUUCCUUGACCGUAAGAACCAAGAGAUAUUGGGACUCAGUCAACAGCUGAGUGAGCAGAACUCUCUCAUUCACUCCAUGCAGGCCACAGUUUCUGAGAAGGAUCAACUGAUCGCAUCUUUACAGGAAGAAUUAAAGGUUGAGCAGGAGAAAUCCCAAAGGUUAGAAGUGGAGGUUCCACAGAAGCAGGAGGAAGGCAAUGAGGCCAAGGUGAAGCAGCUCCAGCAGAAACUCAAGGCUGCACUCAUCUCACGUAAAGACACCCUGAAAGAAAACAAAAUCCAGAAGGAGCAACUCGCAUCUGCGGAGCAGCUCACUGAAGAGCUGAAGCAGAAACUGGAAUCAGCAGAAGUUGAGCUAGAAAAGCUCAGAGCAGAAAGGUUGAAGCUGAUUGAAGAAAUAGAUCGAAUGUUACUGGAAAACCAAAGCCUUGGUUCGUCCUGCGAGAGCCUCAAACUGGCCAUGGAUGGUUUACUCACUGAGAAAAAUGCCUGUAAGAGAGAAGCAGAGUUUGCAAAAGAUGAAGUCGACAGGAUUAGCAAAGAAUGGCAGGAAAAGAUUCAGAGCAUGAAGGAUGAGUACGAAACUCUGCUCAAGUCUUAUGAGAACGUAAGUGACGAGGCGGAGCGAGUGAGACGUGUCCUGGAAGCUGCCAGGCAGGAGAGGCAGGAGCUGAUGACCAAAGUCAGGACGCAUGAGGUCGCAAAGCAAGAAGCUGACCUGCAGGCGCAGGAGGCGCGGAAGGAGGUAGAUUUAGUGAAAGAUAAAAUGAGGAAAUUUGCCAAAACAAAGCAGCAGAAAAUCCUAGAGUUGGAGGAGGAGAAUGAAAGUUUGAGAGAGAUUCAGGAAAGGUCAGGAAUGAAGCAUGAAGACAGUCCCAGGACAGACGAGGUUGGAGGACUGGAAGAAGAGCUGCAGGCCUUAAAAGAUGAAUUGAAUGACACGGUGUCAGAAAAAGUCUCUCUAGGAAAACUGGUCGAAGAACUGAAGGAGCAACUCCACCAAAUACAAAAGAAGGAAGACGUCAAAGAGACUUCUGCAGCUGUCGUAGAAGAGGUUUUCACAGCCCAGAAAUCUGAAGUUCUUUUCACAAAAGUGGACAAGGAUCAAUGUGAUGACAAAGAAAGACCUCAAAUUCCAGAAGAUACUCCUGAUCAUCACAUAACUGUCGUCACUACAUCAGAAACACAGUCACGAACCACAGAGAACACUGGAGAGGAAGUGAUGCAAAGUUCUCUCACCUUAUUAGAAGAUAAAAUCAGGGAGAUGGAGGCGACGUAUACCAAAGACAAGUGUCAGUGGCAGCAGCAAGAAGCAGAACUUGAAGCUCAGCUCACCUCUCUUAGGCAAGAGCUUCAGGAAAGUCAAGAGAAGAUCAGUUCUUUGGCUGCUUUAGAGAAAUGUUUGCUAGAGAGCAAAGACAGAGAACAGAGUCUGAUGGCAGAGGCUUCAAAGAGGGAAACACAGUUCAAAGAACUCCUCCAAAUCCUGGAAACUGAGAAGGACAACCUUGAGGAGCGUCUCAUGAACCAGUUGGCACAACUUAAUGGAAGCAUCGCCGGUUACCAGCAGGAACUGACACAAAACCGGGAGCAACUUGUUGACAUGCAGCGUGAGGCAGAGAAGUUGGAGAGGGAGCGAGCCGAACUGGAAGCAGAGGCCCAGAGUGUGAAGGAUCGGGCAUGCAGGCUGGAGGAGGAUGUAAGGCAGGCCCAGAGGGAGAGGGCUGAAGCUGAGGCCGAGUGUGGAAAACAGAGGGAGCUGGAGCAGCAGCUGAAAUCAGCGGAGAGAGUCAGGGAAGGAAGCCAGAGCAGAGCACAACAACUGGAGGAGCUGCUGAAGGAGAAACAGACGGAGGUGCGACAACUGCAGAAAGAGAGUAUACAGUACCAGGAGAGGAUCAGUGAGCUGAGCAAGGAAACCAAGACACGGCAGCACAGCAACGAUGAGCUCAGCAAAAGAUUAAAACGAUAUCAACAAGAGGCGUCCACCAGCCAGGAGGAUCUGAACAGGGUUCAGGCAGAUCUGACCAAGUGUAAAUCUCACCUGGAUACCGCACAAAAACAGUUGAGUGACACUUUAGCUGAGAAUGCUGCCAUGGUGCAGAGCCAUCAAAAAAGAAUUGCUGCCAUGAAAGAAGAGGCAGAGCAAACUCUGGAUUCUGUGAGGUUCAGACUUGGGGCUGAACUGAAGGAACUGGAACUGAGACUAGAGGAGUCCGACAGAGACCGGGAAAAAGAAGAGGAGGCAACACUGAAGGCCAGAGAGAUGACGGGCGUAGCUGAGAGACGAGCCCAACAGCUGCAGGCUCGUCUGGACGAGUCCCUGUCUCGGUUAUAUGCUUUUUCAAAGUCCAUGUGUUCACUACAAGACGACCGGGAUAGAGUGUUGGAUGAGGCUCGGCAAUGGGAGACGCGCUUUAAUUCUGCUCUGCAGGUGAAGGAGGCUGAAGCCAGAAAGGCUGAAAUAAAAGCAAGCGACCUGGCAGAGCAGCUGCAAAAAGAAAUCACACUGAAAGAGGAACUCCAGCUCUCAGUGAACAGACUCGAGAUGGCAGACAAAGACUGGCACUCGAAAAUGGACGAGGAGAAAAAGAAAGUGACGGAUCUCGAAGCCAUCCUCCAGGAGGAAAGGAGUAAACUAGAACAAACCACAUCUGAGCUGCACUCUGCAGAAACUGAAGUCCAGUCCCUGACUGGGGAACUGGAGGGGUUACGUCACAGGGUGAAAGCUCUGGAGGAGGCCGUGGGUCAGUUGCAGGAGGAAGUGCAAAAAGGCAGGACGGAGCUGAAGGAGAGGGAGUCGGAGGAGAGGAGGUUGUGUCUGAACGUGGAGCAGUUGGAGACAGACCUCAGGUCGUCAAAGGCCUUGACUGAAAGUCUACAGAGCGAGUUACAUGAGAAGGAGGCGAAGGAGGUGGAAAUGCUGGUGGAGAGGGAGCAGGCUGUAGCACAGGCUGCUGAAGAGGCCAGAAAAGAGGCUGAUGCCCGUGCACAGUCGGCUGAGAAGGAGCUGGAGCAGAGACGAGCAGAAGUACGAGGUCUGGAGGACAAGCUGAAGAAGGCAGAAGAAGACAGCAAAAAUGCAAAAGCCAAACUGGACUCUUUCACCAAGGCCAUGGGUUCUUUACAGGGCGACAGGGACCGAGUCCUCAACAUCUACAAAGAGCUGGAGGAGAAACACCUGCAGGUCAUGAUGGAGAAGGAUGGUCUGAUCCAAGAAGCUGCCGCUGAGAACAACAGCCUGAAGGAGGAGCUGCGCUCUCUGCUGGUCCAGAGAGACGACCUGUACGCUGAGAGAGCCAAGCUGUCAGCUCAGCUCCACGGUUAUCGUGACGAACUCAAUCAAGUCCUGAGCAUGAAGGAUUCCCAACACAAGCAGCUUCUGGCAGCGCAGAGGGAGCAGAUCAACACUCUCGAACGGGAACGUGAGGAAUUAGAAAACGAGUUGAAGGAGGUCAGGAGAGCCAGAGAAACACUAGAAGAAGCUGUGGUGAAGGUCGAAAUGGAGAGUCUCAGUCAGGCAACUGAAGCUUCAAAGACACUUGAUGCUCCUGGAGCAGAGGUGGAGAAGCUGAGAGAGCAGCUGCAGGCCGCCAGAGUACAGGUAGACGAGUUGGAGGAGGCUCUGGCGAAGGAGCGAGAGGGGCAGGACAGCCGAAACAAGGAGCUGGCUGAGCUGCGAUGGGAGGGAGGCGUGAUGAGGACAGAAUCCGAGAGCGCUCAGGAGAGGGUGGCCGAGCUGGCCCGAGAUCUGCUGGUGAUGGAGCAACAGCUGCUGGAAGAGAAAGAGGCGACAACACAGCUGAGAGCAGAGAACCAGUCGUUCGCCAAAGCCAUGGCCUCUCUCCAGGACAGCAGGGACCAGGCAGAGAGCAAAGUGGAGGAGCUGACCCAGAAGCUGAAGGAGAUGAGCAAGGCAGGUGGACACGGAGGACAUGGGAGUUCUGGAGGUUCCACAGGAGAAGUGUGGGGCCUGAAGAACGCCCUGCAGGCACUGCAGAAUGACAGGGAGAGACUGUUGGAGCAACUUCAAACCCAGGAGUCUGAGCUGCAGAAGCAGAAAGUGGAGAUGGCUCGGCUGGGAGCAGGAGAGCUCAUCAAAAUCAGCCAGGAGCUCUUCGAGGAGAAGAAGAAAAACGAGGACAUCCUGGGGGUCGUAACGCAGCUGGAGAACAUGAUGGAAGAGGGCAAGCAGGAGGUGGAGACUCUGAGGCUGGAGCGUGUGGAUUGGAUGGCUCAAGCCGAGCAGCUGAAGCAGCAGACGCUCGCCACGCUCUCGGAGAGGGACCAUCAGCUGAGACAACUCACAGCAAUUUAUCAGAGACAGGGCACAGAGAAGGUGGACAGUCCUCCUGGAGCUCCUCAGGAGAGGAGCAGCUCCGUGGACAGUCACAGCUACAUCAGUGAAGUCAAAGAGUUACAGCGCAGGCUGGAUGAAGAAAUUCAGCUGAGGAUUUCCGGCGAGGAGCAGCUCAUGGUCAUGCAGGAACAACGUCGCAGCUCGGCCAAGCUCUACUCCGAUCCGGACGGAGAUCACUCCGAGACCUCAGUUUUCAUCGACCCACCAGAGGGAGCCGUCACUCGGACUCGGAGAGGAGGCCCGGGUCUGAAGCGAAUGCUGCGAGUGGCCUUCUGCUCCCGUCAGCGCACACCUCUGCUGUGUAGCCUCUACCUGCUGACGGUGCACGUCCUGCUGCUGCUGUGCAUGGGAGGAUACCUUUGAACCAGAGCUCCUGUAAACAGGCCUGACAGAUAAGAGAGGGAGAGAGAGGGGAGGGAGAAGGACGUUUGACAUAAACCUAACUGAAGCUGUCAGUUCUUUUUUUUAUAUUUUACAUUUAAUAUAUGAACAGGUUUAAGGGGUAUUAAACACACACACAGCACAACAACAAGGAUGUGAAAAAAGCAUUCCAUAAUUCUCUACCAUAACCUCCAUGAUACAGAGUACAGGGUUGCCUUAAUGAAGCCAGGACUAACAUGCAGCCAUGCUGCCACCAUCUGCAUUUUCUCUCUUUUUCUAAUCAUUUUGCCAGUGGUUACUAGUAAUUCUGGGUGCUUAAUAAACAAAUAUAGCCUCAGUAGGUUUUGGAAGACAAGUCUGAAAGAUUCCAUGUGCUGUAAAAAAUAUAAUAAUUAUUAUUAUAAUUAUGCAUCUCCAAAAAUAAGUUAAUUGUUAGGGAGGAUUUUAGGCUGAAUAUGAAAGUUUCUUGCAUUUGUGACCAUUGCAUAAAUUGUGUUUCUGGCUCCCCCUGCAGGGAAGAAAGGGAGAGGUGAAUGUUUUGUGUUUACUCGCACUACAUUCCCUAAAUACUGUCUCUGAACUCUAUAACUAAAUAGCUAACUCUAGUUAAGUGUAGUCCAGUGAAAAUCACCUGAAAUUCAAAGGACCUGUCAAAAACAUUUUGACACUUGAAAAUAUGAAAAUGUCACAACCAUUGUAGAGACUCUAGGAAACCAAGAUGUGAUGCACUUUACAGACAGGGUUUUGGGAGCAUUUAAAAAACUUAAUUCAGUUUAGUCUUAGCGACAACACAGGAGGCGAUUACUCGCUGUUUGUUCUGUUUAUGUUCUGUUUCUGGUUUAAAGUGAGGAA